AUAAAUCUUAGAUGUAGUUUCAAACUUGAAGCAAUCAAGACAGUCCGUGAAAGAGUUAACGUUUUUUUUCGAUUGAUAAUACGCGGCCUAGUGAUGGCUAAGACGACGGUGUUAGUCUUCUUACUAGUGGCAGUUUUCUGCGUUACAAAUUCAGCUGCUCAGACAGACGCAGUUCCAUGCAGAUAUCCCGGACAGCUCUGCACAAAUGAUGCUCACUGCUGUGGUCCGUUUCGAUGCAACCCAUUAAAGAAUCGUUGUACAGUACCUGAUCCGCAAGGUUGGGCAAGAGCAUUAAGUUGCUAUCCUCCAGGAUUCAGAUGUUCGAACAACUCUCAAUGUUGUGAGCCAUUUAUUUGCAAUCCUUGGGCUAAGCGAUGCACCAAGAGACCUUCGGAUUAUCCACCUGGUGGUGAAACAUGUGUUCCGAAAGGAGCUAUUUGCCGGAACAGCGAAGAAUGUUGUUCGCCAUACUAUUGUAAUCCCUGGGCAGGAAGGUGUACCGUGCGUAAGUACCCAACUACAACUCAAGCGCCAGAGAAUUCUGGUGAGAGUGAAGAGAGCAAUGAGAGCAAUGAAAGUAAUGAGAGUAAUGAGAGCAAUGAAAGUUCUGAAAAUUCAAAUGAAGUUUCAACUCAGAAGCCAACACCACCACAAGGAGUAUGUAGACCACCUGGCUUUCGGUGUACCAAAAGUGACCAGUGCUGUGGUAAUUUUAUAUGUAAUAUAUGGGCUGGUAGGUGUACGAAACCUAAUGGACCUCCACCAGAAGUGUGUAAACCUAGAGGAUAUUGGUGCAAAAAUACUGGAGAAUGUUGUCCAGGACUUUAUUGUAAUCCAUGGGCGGGUCGUUGUACAAAAGUGAGAGCUCCGACGACGGAAAAACCAACGACAGAAUCUGGCAGUCAAAGUAGCGAAUCGAGCAAUGAAUCCAGUUCAGGAGGAUCCAGCGAAGAACACUCUUCUUCCAGUCAGGAGCAUACAACUGAAGAAACUGGUAAUGAAGUAACAACUCAAGGAUCAGGCGAGUCCGGAGAAAGUCAAACUACUCAAGGAUCCAACGAAGGAUCGAAUGAAGGUUCAUCGGAAUCUGGCGAAGGUCAAACCACUGAGGAAUCUGGUGGUGAAGCAACAACCCAAGGAUCCAGCGAAGAAGGCAAUUCAGGUGAAUCUGGGGAAGGCCAAACUACCGAAGCAUCUAACGAAGGAUCAAACGAAGGAGGUUCAUCUGAAUCUGGUGAAGGUCAGACUACCGAAGCAUCGAACGAAGGAUCAAACGAAGAAGGUUCAUCGGAAUCUGGUGAAGGUCAGACUACCGAAGCAUCGAACGAAGAAUCAAACGAAGAAGGUUCAUCGGAAUCUGGUGAAGGUCAAACUACCGAAGAAACUGGUGAAGGAACAACACAAGGAUCCAGCGAAGAAGGCAAUUCAGGUGAAUCUGGGGAAGGCCAAACUACUGAAGCAUCUAACGAAGGAUCAAACGAAGGAGGUUCAUCUGAAUCUGGUGAAGGUCAGACUACCGAAACAUCUAAUGAAGGAUCUAAUGAAGGUUCAUCGGAAUCUGGAGAAGGUCAAACCACUGAGGAAUCUGGCGGUGAAGCAACAACCCAGGGAUCCAGCGAAGAAGGCAAUUCAGGUGAAUCUGGGGAAGGCCAAACUACCGAAGCAUCUAACGAAGGAUCAAACGAAGAAGGUUCAUCUGAAUCUGGUGAAGGUCAGACUACCGAAACAUCUAAUGAAGGAUCUAAUGAAGGUUCAUCGGAAUCUGGAGAAGGUCAAACCACUGAGGAAUCUGGAGGCGAAGCAACAACCCAAGGAUCCAGCGAAGAAGGCAAUUCAAGUGAAUCUGGGGAAGGCCAAACUACCGAAGCAUCUAACGAAGGAUCAAACGAAGGAGGUUCAUCUGAAUCUGGUGAAGGUCAGACUACCGAAACAUCUAAUGAAGGAUCGAAUGAAGGUUCAUCGGAAUCUGGUGAACAACAAACUACAGAAGAAUCUACUAGCGAAACCACAACUCAAGGAUCAAGCGAGGAAGGUAAUACAGAAGAAUCUGGUGAAGGGCAAACUACUGAGGAAUCUGGUGAAGAAGUAACAACCCAGGGAUCCAGUGAAGAAGGCAAUUCAGCAGAAUCUGGUGAAGGUCAGACAACCGAAGCCUCUAACGAAGGAUCAAAUGAAGGUUCAUCGGAAUCUGGUGAAGGUCAGACUACCGAAACAUCUAAUGAAGGGUCGAAUGAAGGUUCAUCGGAAUCUAAUGAGCAACAAACAACCGAAGAGUCUGGUAGCGAAACGACAACUCAAGGAUCGAGCGAGGAAGGAAAUUCAGGUGAAUCCGGAGAAGGUCAAACUACUGAGGAAACUGGUGCUGAAACAACAACUCAAGGAUCGAGUGAAGAAGGUAAUUCUGGAGAAUCAGGAGAAGGACAGGCUACUGAAGCCUCGAACGAAGGAUCAAAUGAAGGUUCAUCGGAAUCUGGUGAAGGUCAAACUACUGAAGAAACUGGUGGUGAAGCAACAACCCAAGGAUCCAGCGAAGAAGGAAAUUCAGGUGAAUCCGGAGAAGGCCAAAGUACCGAAGGAUCGAAUGAAGAACAAAAUACCACACCAUCAAGUGGAGAAGAGUCUCAUGAAGAAACUACAACAGGACCUUCUAGUGCUGAACAAACUACAGAAAAUUCUAGUGUCGAACAAACCACGGAAGCCUCUAAUGAAGAAACGACAGAAGUUUCAAAUGAAGAAACCACGGAAGCUUCCAAUGAAGUAACCACAGAAGCUUCCAGUGAAGAAACCACGGAAACUUCUAAUGAAGAAACCUCAGAAGCUUCCAAUGAAGUAACCACAGAAGCUUCCAGUGAAGAAACCACGGAAACUUCUAAUGAAGAAACCUCAGAAGCUACCAAUGAAGUAACCACAGAAGCUUCCAGUGAAGAAACCACGGAAGCUUCUAAUGAACAAACUACUGAAGCAAGCAAUGGCGAAGAAAGCAAUGAGAAUUCGACUGAGUCUUCUAGUGAACAACAGCCAACAGAAUCCUCAAGUGGCGAACAAACUACAGAGGCCUCUAAUGAGGAAGAAACUACCCAAGAAAACAGUGGUGAAGGCGGCAAUGAGAACACUACGGAAGCUGCAAGUGCUGAACAGACAACUGAAGCUGUUAGUGAAGAACAAAAUACAGAAGCUUCAAGUGGUGAGCAAACGACAGAAGAGCCAAAUAGUGAACAAAGUCAAGAAUCAACUUCGGAAAGUGAAGAGCAAAAUACUUCUGAAUCGGGCCAAGAAUCAAACCAAGAACAAAGCAGCGAAGAAACAUCUAUUGAACUAACUACUGAAGCUGGAAGUGCAGAGGAAACUACCGAGGGUUCUAAUGAAUUAGAAACCACUCAAGACCCAGUCAGCGAAGAGCAGACCACCGAGAGUGUUGAAAAUAAUAUCGAUCCCGAAGAAAAUUGAUGUGAGGAGGAGUAUGAUUAGAAAUAAUUUAGUAGAAUUUAAACAAAUUCAAUUUAUCAUGUACAUAUUAUUUAGCUAUUCAUAUUAAUGGUUCGUGUAUUAUACACGCUUAUAAUUAUUAAAUAAGAAAUUUGCGUCAUGCAGAAAAAAUGUUAUUACUUUUAACUGAUCUUCAGGUUUCAUAGUAUAAAAAAUCUGUGAAACGUUACUCGACAGAUUAAAUUGGUAUUAAUCUCGAGAAAGUUUAA